CCGUGGUUAGAGUCGCCGUGGCGACGGUUCGGCCACGACUGACCGGCCCAGGGUCUCUGCUGCCAACGCUGCCGAUUCGGGAGGAGGGAGGCAUGAGCGGCUGCUGCGUCGUCAAGGUGAUCUCCCUGACGGAAAUCCAGGAAACAUGACAAGCAAGUUUUUGAUUGGCUGUUCCUAGCCAAUAGAAAUGGGUGGUCCCAGGAACAAAGUGAUAUAGACAGAGAGUAGCUGGUGCCUUCCAGGAAACAGAACAAGCAGCAGUGGAAUACUGGCUCUCCAUGAGAUAGCCACCGCAUCGGAUCUUACAAAAGCUUGGAUUCAAAGAGAAACUGAAGACACAGGCUGGGAGAGAAUGCCGCAUUUAUCCGACUGCAGUUACUACAAGAUGAGAGAAGAAAACAGAGUUUCUAAUGUCCAGAAGGAUCUGGAGAGCUCCACGGUUCACCUCCACCCGGCCCAGUCCCAGCAGUACCUGUCCCUGGGCUCCAGACAAACCGGCCCGGGCCUCCUCGCCCUGUCCCACGCGGGGCAGCCCCUGGAACCCAUGCCGCCUGUGAGGAACGGGCGUCUGCCCCCCGGCGGGGACGGUGGCGCCCUGGGCAACCACAUCCCCCUGCUGACCCUCACUGCACACGACAGCGAGUUCCCAAUGGAUCACGUUAUUGAAGACUUCAUCAACCUUGAAACUGACUUCAAAGACGAGGACCUGGGAUGCAUGGAGUCAAACAUCCUACGGCAAACCAACGGUCACCUGAGCAGCAGCCUGCUGGACCUGUACGGUGGUGACUCAGGUACGAGCCUCACGCACUGCAGGAUGACACCUGGCCUAAGCCCCACACACCUGUGUGUGAAGAGGGAGGUCGCAGAACACGACACGAGAGUGCAGUCCAAAGAGCGACAGAAGAAAGACAAUCACAACAUAAUUGAAAGAAGACGAAGAUACAACAUUAAUUACAGAAUAAAAGAGCUGGGAACCAUGAUACCAAAAUCCAAUGACCCAGACAUGCGCUGGAACAAAGGCAGCAUCCUGAAGGCCUCGGUGGACUACAUUAAGUGGCUGCAGAAGGAGCAGCAGCAGGUUCGAGAGCUGGAGAACCGGCAGAGGAGGCUGGAGCAGGCUAACCGACGACUGCUGCAGCGUAUACAGGAGCUGGAGCUGCAGGCCGGGCUGCAUUGCCUCCCCAGUGUGGGGUCCGCUCUGGGGGGGCCCGAGCCAGCCCCCCCCCAGCUGCUCAAAGUCCCCCAGGCCCCGGCCCAGACGCUAUACCAGGAGGGGGUGGGGGCGGAGUUCGGCCAGCCGGAGGGGGGCGGUGACCUGCUGUCCCAGUUCUCAGACCUGUUCGGCGCGCCCCUGAAGAGGGAGCAGGACCUGGACCAGCUGCUGAUGGACGCUCCGCUCUCCCCCUUCGGCGCCGGCUCGCUGCUCCUGUCCUGCUCCUCCUCCUCGCCCAACCCGUCCCCCCUGGCCCCGCCCCGCGCCUCCCCCCUCACCCUGCUCCACACCUCCUCCGAGGCCUCCAAAGACAGCAGUAGGAGGAGCAGCUUCAGCACGGAUAACACGGAUGACCUCUGACCUGCCAGCCCAGUGUCGGCCUCUAUCCCAUAAUUCCAUGCACAGACCCGCCAGAUCACUGCUUCCAUGACUGCAGUCUAUGAACAGUCCCAAUGGGGCCAAAUAUUAUCUCAUUUGAAAUAUAUUUUGUUUACUUUCAAUAAUUCUAAAAUUUGCACAUUUUAGUCUUUAACAUGAAACCAACUGUCUCAGUUUACACACCAAUGAUAAAACUGUGAUCACUGUAAUUAUUAAAUAUUUACAAAAAACAAGCUACAUGCCUUAUUUAAAUCUGUGAUAUCAUUAAAUCAAUCUCCCUCCCUGA